GUUCGUCAUCCUAUUUUAGCCAGCUAAACAUCAACCUCGUUCGCAUCACGCCGCCAGCUCCACUACCACCUCCAACCACCGCAAGAUCGGCGCGAGAACAGAAAUGGCACAGCACAACAAGGCUCAAGGCGCAGCAUCGUCCCCGCAAGACUCAAGCCCAGACCAACCAGAGGUUAGCGGGAUCCUCAAAGGCCUGAAACAGGACCUCUCGCUUAUGGGGUGCAUCGCGCUCGGCAAGGACGGAGUGCUGCGAUCCUUGACUGCCGACCGCGACGUGGUAGAUGCGAUCGGGCUCAACCCAGACCAAAUAGCACGCUUGAUGCACAUCAUGUUGCCCCAUUCCAGCGAAUUUGGAGAUGAUUAUGAGGGUGUUGAUGGAACCAAGGUCCCCAAGGAGGCAUGGUUUGAACCUGACAAGGGAAUUCUGCCACCGCCGUUGAGUGAGGAGGCGAGGGAACGGUCAAGGAAGGCCAUGGAAGAGAACCCUGACCUGUUUCAGCGUAAGAGGGAGGAGUUGAGACAGGCGUGGGAGGGGUCUGGCUGACGGUCGACUUGACCAGUAACUGUCUCCCAAAGUCAGUGGAUAUCACGCGGAAAGUACGGAUAAAUCGGCGCAGCUGGAAGUUUCAAGUAAUUGAAGUAUGACAUAUGACACAAAUUGUUUUCUCGGUGCCUAGGAGGAUCAAAUCCUUCGCCAUGAUCAGCGCCGUCCUCAUUGCUAAUAAUAACACUCGUAGAAGCGCUUUAAGACUGUGAGAGUGUAGUUCAUCCCUAACCUUAGCAAGCC